AUGAGCGACUCCGCGAUUCACUCCGUUGCUGGCGCAGCAGGUGGCAUUGUUGCAAUGACCGUCACUUACCCGCUUAUCUUUCUUUCAACCCGUGCUGCAGUAGAGACGAAGAAUGAAUCCAAGGCGUUUAACCUGUUUACUCAGUCGACCUAUCAAGCCGUUCUAGACGUUAUCAAGCGAGAAGGUAUCACAGGCUUGUACGGUGGUCUCAAUUCAAGUUUGUUGGGCAUCGCUAUUACGAAUGGCGUAUAUUAUUACUUCUAUGAACGUUCACGGGAGUCCAUCCUUCGUGCUCGAUCAGGAACCAAAGCCCUCAGCACUCUGGAGUCUAUGUUAAUUGGCUUGAUUGCAGGUUCCGCAACCACGGUGAUCAGCAAUCCCAUUUGGGUCAUACAGACGUCUCAAGCCGUUCGAACGUUGAGCUCCGACUCAGCUCAGCCAGUGGUUGUGAAGAAGCUUGGCUUUAUUGAGACCGUACAAAACAUUCUGGCAAAGGAUGGUCUUUCGGCUUUCUGGCGCGGCCUUGGUCCUGCUCUGAUUUUGGUUAUCAACCCGAUCAUCCAAUACACCGCUUUCGAGCAGCUUAAGAAUUUUCUAGUUGCUCGCCGCACAAACAAACUUCUAGCGGUGCUGUCCGACUGGGACUUUUUCCUACUAGGGGCGCUCUCGAAACUUGCUGCGACCAGCGCUACAUACCCCUAUAUUGUCGUGAAGAGCAGACUGCAAGCGGGAUCGGCGAAUGCCCAAAAGUACAAGUCGUCCUUUGAUGGACUGUUGACCAUUUUGAAAGAAGAGGGCAUUGAAGGACUCUAUAAGGGAAUCGGAAGCAAAAUUAUACAAAGUGUGCUAACUGCUGCAAUUUUGUUUGCAGGACAGCGGCGUAUCUUCGAGAUGACGAAGAAGGUCAGGGUGCAAUUCAAAUUCUAG